CUAAUGUAGUUUAAUACUUUUUUGGUCUUAUUUUUUUGGACUUUUUAUUUUGUCGUGUACGACUUGUUAGUGCUGUUUUGACGACGGGGGUGUUGGGAUAGUACGCAACAUUAGGUACUCCUUCGCACUGAUAUCGAAGUAGCCUAGGGGACCUUUGUCGCAGUCGGCACAAGCCAGAAGCUUAAUAUUGCUGGGAAGAGCCUUUGAAACGCUGACGUUGUCAAAGUCAAAGGGGUCUCUAAUGCUGUAGUACUGUUCCGUAGCAACGGGGAUAGAAAGGGUUUCAUCAGUGUCGUUAGUGUCCAAUUCGCCAGUCUGUUGUUGAGUGCCCUCUUGCUCUAUAGUCGUGUGUUUGCUCCGCAGUAUACUGCGAAUUGUUGGUCGUUCUACAAUUUGUGGUGUCGCAUUGUUGAAUACGACACUUGAGCAAUGUGGGCACAAGACUCUGAGUUUGGUGUUGGUCAUUACUUCCGGCAAGUGGUUUGAGAUCCGUGACUUUGACGUUCUUUCUAGAUCGCUUCACGAGACGUGGUGACUGUAUCGUUUGGUUAAAGUUCGGCCUUUUGUGACACCAACACGUUGUACUCGCCUACUCACUGACCACCAUUUUAUGGUCCUAACCUCGCCCCUCGCUUCCUCGAAACCUAGGUUGCACGUGUCGGCGUUGUCCGUUUGCCUAGGCCACCAAUACCAUAAGACCGCAUUCUAAUAUCCGGCUAAAGAACAUUUCCGUCCUGCUUCUGCACACACCAAUCAAGACUGGGGCUUCGGCACUAUAAGCAAUUCGCUUCCUCUACUCUCAAGAUUAAACCUCUGCUGUUUUGGCAUUCUUUUGUUCUCGACCACUCCCGUUUACCCCUCAUUCUCUCCCUUUAUCUCACGUAAUACCUUGGCCACUGCUGUAGUGCUCUUAACUGUAUUUUCCGGUGUAGGUUUGCCUACGACCUUAGUCUUUGGUUUCGCAAUCUCUCGUGUGGAGACCCUGUGCUUCCGUUUCCUUUGCAGACUUUACGCUAGGUGUCUUGAUCUGUGAUACACUUUUCCUUUCCUAUCGGCCUCUCCUACAAGAGUCAAAAAAAGAAAUUGGACAGCAAUUACGGAGAUUGAUUGACGCACUCGCUGUGCUAGCCACUACUUACUUCAUAAACCAUAUCUCUACUCAAGGACGGAAACGGAACAGUCUCACACUUAACUGCUAUGAGCAAAAAAACCAAACGGAUUCCUUCGUACACUCGGCUGGCUUACUCUGCUCCACCUCUGCCGAUACCUUCUCCAGCCGAAACAGAUUAUGCUCUGUACGUCUCUUCACAACCUUCUAGAGCCAUUGGUCGUCCUCCUCCAACGAUUUCGUACCAGCCAAAUUAUUCAUCUUUAUCGAAUACCGUUGCCGCCUAUGGCGGCUAUUUACCCAAGACUGCAGAAAACAGCACAACCUCUGUACAUACCUCUGAGCCUUCUUCAUCAUCUUCUUUUAAUGCCGUUAAUGAUUCUUACGUUUUAAACCUUCCCGUCGAUGACGGCAAGAAACCGAACUGCUCCUAUGCCACGCUUAUUGCACUUGCCAUCUUGUGCUCACCAGAACAUCGCUUGACUUUGAGUGCAAUUUACGAUUGGAUCAGCAGAACUUUUUCUUUUUACAGUAAUUGCAACAAUGGAUGGCAGAACUCUGUUCGUCAUAAUCUCAGUCUAAAUAAGGCAUUUGUUAAGAUUGAGCGACCUCGUUGUAUGCCAGGAAAGGGUCACUUCUGGGCUAUUAGAACUGGUCACGAAGAAUACUUUUUGCGCAAGAAUCUGAUAUGCGAUUUUCUUGUUAAAAAGGAAACGAUACCAACGUCCAUCCAAUCAGCUCCUUUGGAGCGGAGCAGCAGCAUUCAAUCACAGGACUCUUCUAUAAGUUCUGGAAGCUAUCAGCAUACUGCACAAGGUUUGAAUGCUUACUACCCUGACGGUCAACAACUCUCCUCACACGCUGCCUAUGAAACUCAUUCCGCAAUGGCAAGCAGAAAUGCAAGUCGCUCUGCUACUCCUUUUAACUUUCCAGCUUCUAUAUCUCGUGUAACGGCUGCAUUUUCCCAUGUGCCUAGAAGAAAGCUUCAACGAUCUGUCUCGUUGGACUUGGACACAUCCAUGAAACCUUCUGGAGAUCCGGCAAUCACAUACUAUAAUUGUCACCGACCCAGCUACUCAGUGCCUCAACAAGCACAAUUCAUGCCUCCACCCACAAUUUCCGCUCCUCUCCCGCAAUCAGCAUCCGGUUUUCAGCAUUAUCCUUCUACCGAAGCCAAUGAGCAACCACAACUGACUGUUUCGAUAGAACAACCAAAUAGCUCGUCUUCUUCUUCCUACCGAACCUUUCCGUUAGAACAACAGACUAGCGAUAAUCAACACGCAUCGCCAAAUUCUUCAAAUUCUAAUCCAAUACCCGAAUCCUCAGCUUCCUUAAAUUCCACAAACAGUUUUUCAUUUGAGGCUCCUUCAAAAAAUGCUGCUGUUUCUUCUCCAAGUAAGGCGUUUAUAUCCACAAACAGAUCGCUACUUGAGGCAUCGGCUACUCCGAAAUCCAUGUGUCCUAAAUCUCUCUUGCUGAAAAGUGUCCCGUUAAAUGAUGACCCUCUGAGUCCCUCAUUCUUUUCCCCGAUGAAUUAUGACCCUGGCACGGAAAAUAGCCCAAACACCAACUUAAAGGAACAUCGUGCUCGCGUGUACCGUAUGUUGGCUUCCCCGGAUGCUCGGAAGUUCGAGAAGAAUGCUUCUGUAAAUGAAAACAGCUUAUGGGCUUUGUCGCCCCUACGCCCUGGCAUAUCUCCAUUGAAGUCUACGUCUGUGCUAUCCGAAACACUGCAAUCAAGAAGGCUUUGGCGAGAUAUGGCAAAGUUCAAUGCCGAGAGUGGGAGUGAUGAUGAGAACGAUAUCGGCCGUCCUCGAAAUAUCGACUCUUCUUUCAGCGAAAACAAGAAUGGUGCACAGACUAACUCUGAGAGCCCGCCGAAUGAUACAGAAGCUAGCGUCUUUUCUGGCAGCGCCAGCCCAGACCUUCUCGACAGCCCUCAGAGUCCAGCACCGUAUCAACGUUCUCACUCCGUAUCUCAAGCCUCGCUGGCCGUAAAUGACAGAAUAGAUAUGCCUGGACCUGACAUAUUUGGUGUAAACAUUGAUUCUCCCACUCAGCGAAACCUAUGGCAACGAACUCAUGUCCAAAUUUCCCAAAUGAAAUCCCUAGACGAUAUAUACCUUCCUUCCCCGACGAAGCGAAAACAACCCGUUUCAAAAUUCUCGCUCCACCUUCCCUAAGAAGCCUGCUGCAUCACUCGGUACAAUUAACUUUUGUUAUUUACAGAACCUGUUCGUUCAAUUCAUUCUUGCGAACAGGAUUGGAUGUGUAACAGUUUUUCUAUGGUCCUCAACGUCCUUAUUAAUGACUUUGGAGCUUAGGAAUUUAGUCUUUUCCCGGCGGACAAACCCUUAACACUAUCUUUAAACAUUUUAAACAGCUAAACGCACAUUUGGUUUCGAAUUCGGCACGAAUCUGUGCGAUUCGCUUGUCGGUUGUUCUAGCAACACACCUCCCCCUUUUUUGAUAUUACGAAAUACUGAGCGGCAAUUGGGAUGCCUGUGCAAUCGUAUGGGUUAUAGCCAUUACUAUUUUCAAUUCAGGAUAUUCUAUUACGAGGAGAAACUGUAGCUCUUCUUUUUUCAACAAGAAACACAAUUUAUUUCGCGCCAUAUUACCUUUCUUAAUUCAUCCAAUAUAUCCAAAAAUCCAGUCAAUGAGUAGCAGAACUAUAUAAACCUUUUGUCAGGAAUUGAGGAGAUUUACAAACAUCAUCAUUCCUCAGGGAUUGUAACAUCCA